AGUAAUCAUUUUUUUAAUAAUUGAUGUGCAUGUUACAUGUAACAGCUAGAUUUUUUUCGUGAAACGUAAAAUGCUAACAGCAUUAAUAACACUUUAUGAAGAAUAGUUCUAAGGUAAAUUUUCUGCUUUUUUGUUGCAAGAAGUUUUUUAAUUAUUCUUAGCAUCACUGCACGUCGACGGUGCUAUACAUUAAUAUGUUCGAAAAAGUAUGGAGAGAGCGGCAAUCGAUAUUUUUAAAUUGUAUUAUUUUAAAAAUAUCUAAUUAAUAUUUAAAACUGUAAAAGGAGAGAAAAGAAAGGAGGGGGAGAGGGGGAGAGAGAUAGAGAGAGAACUCUCGAUGGUGUGACGACGACUGACGCGCGAGGCGGUGCACGAGAAACGAGAGCGGUAUUCUCCGUCGCGGCAGCGCGACGGAGAACGGCGAUUGGCUGGCCCGCACGCGACAAGGACACCGCAAGCCGGGUGCGAGCAGGAAGCGGCGGCGUGAGCGAGAAGCCGGCGUCGUCGAAGUGCCGACCGUUCAGUCGGACGCGCGAUUACAGGCACGUGAGACGUGUGCAUGGAUUCUCUCCUUCAUCUUUCUGCCAGAGUACGUAUACAGUGACCACGUGCCGGCGAGAACCGUGAAGCGCGACAACGAAAACGAUAGAUCAACCGCUGCUCGAAGCAUGCGCCGUGCACCGAGAGUGUGCCGACACUUCGACGAGAUCGAUCUUUUGCGACCCUCCGGGACGAUAGUUCGCGUGUGUCGCGCGUGACGGUCCUUCACCUCCGCGAUGUGGAUGCCGGUCAGUACGACGAAUUAGAAGACUAGGUAUUUUUUUCUCAUCUGGGUGUGGAUGGUGCGUGCAUUUGUCAGUUGGUGGAUUUGUCACUUGAAGUGAGUUGCGAUCCCCGGAGUUUCCGGCGACUUCCCGGUUGUCACUGCUGCUGCUGCUGCUGCUGCAUGUGUAUUCGACGGAAAGGGACCACUUCUGGAAUAGAGCCUCGUCUAGAUGUCAAGAGGAAGCGCAUUUUCGCACGGGAGACAUCAACCCGCGGCGGCGCGGCAUUCAGUAUUGUAAUCAACAUCGAAACUUUAUAAUUCCGGACAAAUAUGCAUUGAGUUUCGUUCGACGGAGGGAAAGAAAGAAAUAUUUGCAAAGUGGCGACAAAUCUUAGAAGGGAAACCCCAGUCGCGGAGCUUAGUCAGAGUGGAACGGCGCGACAUCGGAUAAUCGUGAAUUAACUUUCUUCGCCGCCUUCUUCGUUCAGUGCUUCAUGUGCCGCAGAUUACAUCCAUCGAUUUUUACCCACAGACCAGGGAAACAACAACGCGCAUAAAAAAAAGUGUGGGCAUAAGCAGGAGGCGAAAGAAGCGGGAAAAUUUCGGAGGUGGUUUUAGAUGUUAGAAGGCGCGGGGGUGGCUAAAGUGGCCCCGCCGCCGGAUACGGGUCCCGAUGCCGGUCCCCGUAUCGCAAACACCCACAUUAACCUCCAGCCUUGUACCCAAGGAGGAAUCAAACAUGCCCUUCAUAGACGACGAGCUAUUUUGGUACUCUGACAAUGACGGAAAAAUGGAUCUAACCCAGUGCCUUCAGAGCAACACAGGCCAAUCGGUAGAAUUUUCUCCGAUGGAGCUAAGUGCUCUGGUAGGAACGCCGGCGGCGCCAAAUAUGCCGGCGGAGGAAGGCGCAGGUAUGUCCAGUGUCACAGGGGAAGAACUUUUUGAUCCCCUGGAUUUCCUGCGAGAGCUUGAGGCAGAAGCCAGCCAGCCCACCUCCACCACAACCCCUUCCUCUUAUAAACGACAAAGGCACAAUAUCGCUGCUGCAAACCCUUUAUUAGCAGAAAAAUUGGCAGCUCCCUCGACGCAAGCAUCUCCGGCUUCCAUCUCUUAUGUUAGAACAGAAAUCAAGACGGAGAAUCUUCAAUCGGAAACAAGUAAGGUGGACACCAGGGAAGUUCAACCGCACGACACGGGUGAGAAAGAACAGCUGGGCCUUGUGAAUGUGAAAGUGGAGCCGGGGUCCACCAGCGCGACGACCACCAGUACGGGGACCCGUCUGCUCCACGGCAUCCUCUCCCAGCAUCCCCAGCAGCAUAACCUGGGGUUGCAGAACGGAUAUGGCCGACACUUAGCCGGCCAUGCUCAGAUGGGCCAACCGCCUUACACCACUGCCGCUAUCGCCACGACGAGUACGCCAGGAAGCGGAUCACUGCCAGCGAGCCCAGCGGAUAGCGGAGUCAGCGACGUUGAGUCUAGUACAUCCUCUGGUGGCAACGAAGAUGCGAAUCUCUUACUAAAAGCCAGGCUCAAUCCUAAUUCAUCCCUCCAGCCAGGUCUGGCAUCUCAUCAUUCUCAUUUGUCGUCGGCAGCGCUCGGCAGGUCGACCUGCCACAGCCCCGGCGUGUACGCGUCCACGGCGAGCUUUUUGCCGCCCUCCUAUCAUCCUCAUCAGCAUCAUCCCUCCCAGUAUCAUCCGCAUCGGGGAAGCUCGCCGCAUCAUCAGCACAGCAACCACACCAUGGGUCCGACGAUGGGACCGCCUCACCAUCACCAUCAUCAUCAAACGCAGAGUCUCCAGCAUUUGCAUUACCGUCAGCCACCCACACUGUCUGAGAAUUAUAGCAAUUACGUGAACUCCAUAUACGGCGGAGGCGGUCAAUUCGCGACUCCCUGCACUCCGAGCCCGCCGCGGGGACCAGGCGGCGUGCCCACUAGCGUGAUCCAAGCGGCCACCAGCUCGGUCUCGGACGACUUCUACCUUCUCGAGCUGGGCUUCCCACCGCGCUCGAAGAAGAAUAAACUGAAGAAGCCGCGGCAGGGCGAGGGCGGCGCCGCAGUGAAGCGGAAAUCGCGCGAGGGUUCGACCACGUACCUGUGGGAGUUCCUGCUCAAGCUGCUGCAGGACCGGGAAUACUGUCCACGCUACAUCAAGUGGACGAAUCGCGAGCGGGGCGUCUUCAAGCUGGUCGACAGCAAGGCGGUCUCGCGGCUCUGGGGUCUGCACAAGAACAAGCCGGACAUGAAUUACGAAACGAUGGGCAGGGCUCUGCGCUACUACUACCAGCGCGGCAUCCUGGCGAAGGUGGACGGCCAGCGAUUGGUCUACCAGUUCGUCGACGUGCCGAAAGACAUCGUCGAGAUCGAUUGUACGGGCGCAUGAGACAGGCAGCAGACCCGUCUCGCGGGAAACGAGGAAGAGCGGCAUCAGCGGCGUGGCGUCCCGACGCCGGCUCUGCGCGGACGUCGAGCAUCGUUGCUGUCGAUGCUGCCGAUGCCGUUGCUAACGCGACGUCGCGGGUCCAUCGCAGAGUCUCAUCCGCGCGACAGGUCGCCGUCUAGCGGCUCCUUCUGCCGAGACGUGCCGACCUGGCACACCCCUCAGAUAUUGUAAAACGCGUUCUCUCUUUCUCUCUGUCUCUUUCCCUCUCUUUCUGUCUGUGUCUCCCUCUCCCCCUCCUCUCUUUCUAUCUCUAUUUCUCUUUCUCUUUUUAGCUUCGUUUGUUCCUUGUAUUAUACCUAUGUAAAUGUAUAUUAAGGCGCCGGAUGAUAUUGUCGAAGGUUGAUUCCGACCUCCUCAUGCGGUCCGUUUCUUUUUCGUAUAUCCGAAUGCCGCGCAGGAUCCGGACAGGACGGCACCGUAUGCACCAACGGCGCCCGACUUGUUGAAAUUUGUACAAAAUUUAGUCUAAUAUCGAGAAGGUAACUGAAGAUUCUAUCGGGUGUACCUCGCGAAAGGACGCCGUGGACAAAUUACUUAAGUGUGAAGGACCGGAAAGUGAAGAAAAAUUGUAUAUUCGAAAGCGCGAUAUAUUAUUUAUUGUAUAUUAGACGUUUAUAUAUAUGUUACCUAAGGAAAUUGUUACGCGCGUGUGAUUCAUACGAAUGGAAAAUGUAUUACGGAGGAAAAUUAAGAAAAAAAAAAAUGAAACGAAAUAAGGGCUGUGAAAGGAUUACGGUAUCGAGAGGAGAGGAGAGGAAACGGGAGGUGAAGUGGCACGAGAAAAGAUGAGAGAGGCGUCAUCUCUUAAAGCUUCGCGAAACGAGUUCAGGGUGGGGUGUACGUUAUAUUUUUUUAAGUAUAAGCGGAAGGGAUUGGCCCUUUCGAUUUGUGAGCUGAGGGUUCAACAACGCAAGGUGCUGGCUAAUAUACAUACACACACCGAGGUCCAAGAAUAUUAUUUAGCAACCUAGUGUUACUAAUUCGUAAAGAUUAUCGAGACAUUAUAUAUCUCUGUAUAUAGAUAUGAAGAAUACCUUUAGUAAAAAAAAGUAUAUAUAUAUUAUUGAAUAUUAUAUAUAUAUAUAUAUUAUAUAAAUAUAUAUUGUAUGUUAUAUGUAAAAAUGGAAGUUGAUGUGUCUUUAUGAGAUUCGACGUCACGUCAGCACGCGAUGGGAACUUAACUCGUGCGACGUCUCUUUUUUGAAACUUUCUACUACUAUUUCCUCAUACGUUAUAUAUAUAUAUAUAUAUAUCGAAAAACGAAUUUUAUAACAUUUAAGAACGCGCUCUCUUCGAACGCGUUCGCAUCACUUAGUCGCAGUCGCAACGCGCACACAUCGUUGGUCUCGCAUGCUCAGACUGAUCAGAGGCGUCGCACGUACAAUACAGAGAGAAAAAAAGCCCGCCCGAUUUUCGGGAUAAACAAAUGGUAACUCUAGAAUAAAAUUUAACUUAUUGACGCCCCGGGACGCGUGACGCGCACGAGUGCAAGUGUAUCCUAUAGUCCUAAGUUUUGUACAUAACAAGGAAUCGUCGAAGAAAUUUACCUUUAAAGAGAAUCAUACUCUGGUUGUCGUGGCGAUUAUUUUCGCUGGAGAAAAAAGAAGUUAGGAGAUGGAAAAUAAAAGGAUAGACGAGGAGCGCGAUAGCGAGUAGCUAGAUCACACGCGGUGGUAUAUUACAACGCGUGAACACACAGGCCGAUUUCACUACAGCCUCGGAAAUUCCGAAAAAAUUAAAUAUAUAAUACAUUUGAACAGAGUGAUCCAGUGCUGCCAGUAAUGCCUGUAAAACUGUCCCUUUGCAUUUGUCGCUCGAGCCGAGAUAUCUCGAUUCGAGCGCACAGUGCUGUCAGAUCGAUAUUGAUGUUUUGGGACAUCAAACAUACCGAUGAUACAAAGCAAAUUGCCUUCUCAUAUUAACAAAGACGUGUUGCCUUCUAACAAAAAAAAGAUGCGUAUAAAAAUUCUAGCGAUUUGUAUUGUAAAUACCGUCACUUUGUCCAGGUACUUAAAGCCCUUUUAUCUAGCAUCGUUUGCGAAGAAUUGAAUUUUGUAAUUUUAUCAGCGUAAAGUUCUUUGGUACAUCGCGACUUUUAUCGUACUUGGAAUAAAAUGUAUCGGCGGAAAAUAAUAAUAAUAAUAAUAUUAAUAAUACUAAUAAUAAUGAUAAAGAAGAAGAUAUAUCAGAGUACAAUGGACAAAAGUACCUAUACUAUACCACUUCUACACAUGAUAGCAGACACUUAUAAACAAUGAAUGGAUACUACAACAGAAAUCCUAUUUUUAGGUAAAUUAAAUUUACAUAUACAUAACAAUUCACAACAUUAUGAGAUAUUUUAACAAAUAAGACUUUACUGUAAUAGAGAUAAAUACAUAAAUAUUUACCUGUAAAAUAUAUGAAAACACGAUGGAUUGACGUAAGAAACUCUAAUGUAACGUUCUGUGAUUCGUUGUUUGUAGGUGAAAUUUAAUAAAAGAUUAUUGUAUCCUAACA